GAUGAGAAAGAGCAAAUGUUGGGGGAUUGUAUGGAGCUCACCCAACUUGAUGGAUCUACCCGGUGGAUCCCAAAAAAUAUUCCCAACAUCGACCGCACGAUUGAGCCGCUCCUCCGACUGGAGGUUUUGUUCCCUCAUUUACGCCGGAAGUUCCCAGCCGGAUUCUUUGGUGAACAUGAUCUGGAUUUCUCAACCAAGGAUAUCUCUGAUAACUUGUCAUUGACUCUGUCUUCUAUGGAAGAUACCCACAUUAGGAAGCCUAUGCACCUUGCUUCACGAAAUGAAGUCGCCAUGAAUGCUUUAGCGGACCUCAGCUUUCACCAUCCGUGUGUCUGGCAGAGCUUAAUAUUGGGUGAAAAUGCCACCGUUUUUCAUAAGCUAUUCGAGAGGCAUGACAACCCUAAUUUCACACUCGAGAUGUGUGCAAACUUGGUGGCAUGCCUAUAUAUGUCUGAAACUGAUGUUUCUACGUCGUACAGUUGUACUUUUGCAGACGUUGCAGCAAAAGAUUUUCCGGACCACUGUAUCAAUACUCUUCUCUCAUUCUUUGCGGAAUUCGAUUCAUAUAAAGACGCAAUGGACCAUCGACCAAGACUUCUGCUCGCCAUUAUACAGUUCUUUGUGCUUGACUCGGAGAACUCUCCACCAGCAAGCCUUUUUGGCACUCUGGGGCAAAGCCCUGGUGAUUAUUCAACCUUCAUCUCCAAAUACCGGCUCUUGGAGGUCGUACUACAGGCAGUGAAGAGAGAUCUUCAUGACCCUGACAACUCACCUUCACCAUUCCUCCAUGACGGGCCAUGUAAGGUGAUAGUCUCUUUCAUCACAUCCAAUUUAUUCACUGGAGAUUUCGGCAUCCACCCGUCCGGUAUCAGGUUUGAGGUCACAAGGCUCAUUUGGACCUGCUAUGAUCACGCUCUUUCAUGCAUGAUUUCAGUUCUGAAUCGGGAACCCGCCCUUGGAAUCAGUGUACCACUUGCAGAAUGGGACACGAAGGCCUUCUUUUCCAGUAUCAUUGGAAUCGUCCUUCAAGAUUUCAAUUCGGAUGAUCUUGACCGGUUCCCGUCCGGCUACCAGCUCCAUUAUGGUCAAGGAUAUGCCUCUCCAUUUCGGGCAGUGGACUUUCUGUUAGGUCAAGGCUUCUCUGGGGGAAUCGCCGAUGCGUACGAUGCAUUUCUAGAGCAAGGAGUGUUGAUGCAUAUAACACAGAAACGUCAACUCCAAUUAUGGCUUAUCGAAGGACUGCAGAGGUAUAUCACAGGGAUCUCGGAAGCUACUAAAAAAACAGGAAAGUACCGAGAUAUUCAAUCAGAGAGCUUCCUUCAACGUCACAUUGACAAUCUUCAUCAAUCUAUCGUCAUUCAUGGAAUUUGUGCAAGUAUCGCGCGCAACCGUAUCCAGUCACGCUCCAUCUUAUCCUCCCUGGCAUCGAUUGCUCCAAAUCACCAAAACUGGCCAGAAAUCAUAGACACUUUGAACCCUGAGACCUACGAUCGCACUCCCUCGGAGUCUGACGGGUUAAAGGAUGAAAUCUGUUACAAGAAGGAAUUGAAAGAGACUGUAUGUAUUCUGGCCAAGUGUCUUGAGGCAGAACGAGAUGGAAAGAGCGGCGUCAAUUGGCCGUCGAAGACACUCAGUUACAACAACUGGUGGCGGAAAUUUCACCACGUAUGCGGAUCGCAAAAGGGGAAGAAAGGACUCGGAGACUUCGAUGAGGACAUGCAGCCUGAGGACAAAGAUUUUGAGCGACAAUGACGCAGGACGUGGUCCGGAGUCUGUACGAUAGAUUUCCAUGUCGAUCAUGCUUUCUGACCCAUUCUUUCGGCCUUCACGAAUUUUUUGGAUCUUCACGUAAGUUGCUUGUCUAUAGAAUUGUUGAAGUUCGAGCACGGGAGGGAACGAAAAGAG